GCUGCCCCGGGGAAGACGGCAGGCUCGUUGCCCGUUUUCUCCGUGCUUGUCAUUGCCCCGUGGCUGCGGCCGGCGACCCUCCGGUGCCAAGGGCGAGAGGGGCGGCCAAGCGCAGCGGAGACGCGGGGCAGCAUCUGAUCCGCUCCAGGGCAGCCGAGAAGCGGCACCGCCCCGGCCCCGGCCCCGGCGAAGCUUCCCCGCAGCGCCGUGCGCGAUCGCAGGGGAACCCGCCCCAAGGCUGGGGAGGCAGCGCCCCGGCCAGAGGUGGGAAGCGCUCGAGCAGCCGGCGGGGCGAGGCGAGGGGAGGGAGCGCGCUGUCCCCCAGCCCCGCAUUUCAGGGGGUGGGGAAAGAAGCCCUGGGCAAAGGGACCUCCCCGCAGGAGAGACUGAAAAGGAGCCAGAGAAGGGGGGGAAGCGCGAGCCCAAGGAAAGUCCCCCUCCUCCCCCGCCAGCAGCGACUUUGCGGCUGUCCCGGCUCCGGAUCAGGAUGCGGCUCCUGCUGCUGCUGCUGCUCCCCGAGCUACUCCUCCUGGUGCCGGCUCAGAAGUUCUCCGCGCUCACGUUUUUGAGAGUGGACCAAGACAAAGACCGAGAAUGCAGCCUGGACUGUGCAGGAUCCCCUCAGAAGUCACUUUGUGCUUCUGAUGGAAGGACUUUCCUGUCCCGUUGUGAAUUUCAACGAGCAAAAUGCAAAGAUCCUCAGUUGGAAAUUGCAUAUAGGGGCAACUGCAAAGAUGUUUCCAGGUGUGUGGCAGAGAGGAAAUACACCCAGGAACAAGCCCGCAAGGAGCUUCAACAAGUUUUCAUUCCCGAGUGCAAUGAUGAUGGCACAUACAGCCAGGUUCAGUGUCAUAGUUACACAGGAUACUGUUGGUGUGUCACUCCCAAUGGACGUCCAAUCAGCGGUACAGCUGUAGCACAUAAAACUCCACGGUGUCCAGGGUCUAUAACUGAGAAGUUGCCACAACGAGAAGGUGCAGGAAAUACAGAUGAUGCCUCAGCUCCCGCGCUGGAGACUCAGCCUCAAGGUGAUGAGGAAGAUAUAGCUUCUCGUUACCCUACAUUAUGGACUGAGCAAGUAAAGAGUAGGCAAAACAAAACCAAUAAAAAUUCAGCAUCGUCGUGUGAUCAAGAACUUCAGUCAGCACUGGAGGAAGCUAAACAACCCCAAAAAGACAAUGUGUUCAUUCCAGAGUGCGCUCAGGGUGGCCUUUACAAGCCCGUGCAGUGUCAUCCUUCCACAGGCUACUGCUGGUGUGUUCUUGUAGACACAGGACGUCCCAUCCCUGGUACAUCAACUAGAUAUGAACAACCUAAGUGCGAUAACAGUGCCAGAGCUCAUCCAACCAAAACAAAGGAUUUGUACAAAGGACGCCAGCUUCAAGGUUGUCCAGGGGCCAAGAAGAAUGAGUUCCUGACCAGUGUUCUGGAUGCACUGUCCACCGAUAUGGUCCACGCAGUCUCCGAUCCAUCGUUGUCUUCCAGCAGGCUUUCAGAACCUGAUCCAAAUCAUACUCUGGAAGAGAGAGUGGUCCACUGGUAUUUCAAACAACUUGAUAAAAAUUCCAGUGGCGAUAUUGGCAAAAAGGAAAUCAAGCCGUUCAAGAGAUUCCUGCGAAAAAAGUCAAAGCCCAAAAAAUGUGUGAAGAAGUUUGUAGAAUACUGUGAUGUGAACAAUGACAAAUCCUUAUCAGUUCAAGAAUUAAUGGGUUGUCUGGGCGUAACAAAAGAAGACGGUAAAGCAGACACAAAGAAACGCCACACCCCCCAAAAUAAUCCUGAAAGCACUUCCUCCAACAGGCAGCAGCAAAGCUCUAAGAAGCAAGGAUGAACAGCUUACAUAUCCAAGCCAGAUCUCUUUGACAUGUGGGAGAUUUCCUCACCAAAAGGCAAUAAAAAAAAAACAACCAUAGUAUUUGCACUUUGUACUUUAAAAUGUAAAUUCACCUUGUAGAAAUGAGAUAUUUAAACAGACUGUUUUUUUAAUCUGUGAAAAUGUAACAGCUAGUUUUGAAAAAAUUAUCACAUACAAUGUAUGUGCCUUCUUUUGUCGUAUGAAAUCUGUAUGUGUUGGAGAUGUAAAAGUUUGCAUUUAAACUUUUUUUUUAAGUAGCUUUCUUGCAAACAUUAAUAUAGAAACCUGACUCUAGGUAUCUUGGUUUCAAUAGUAUGCCUUGUUUUUCUUUACCAAUACAGUCAUUUAAACAUAGUUAUGCUGAAAAACUGCUUAAGAUCUACUGUAUUGACAAUUUUGUCCAAGCAGUGUUGGAGAUUUUAUGUUUCCAAGUCCAAGGGAAGUGUGAAAAUUGCUGUUGACUCAUUUUUUCAGCCUCUAAGUGAAUGGAUAUUUCCCUGCUGGUAACAUUUUUUUUUAUUAUUUUGCUUUCCAAAGAUAAUGCAAUGAGAAUGCAACCACUAAAGGAUUCCAACAGCUAUUCUACGGUUAGGUCUCUUGUAGAAAAAUGUAUUUUAUCCAUUUGACGUGCCUUCCAUUAUAAAUUUGACUAAGGUUUUUGUUUUUGUUUUUGGGUUCAUGUAUGGGGAGGGGGAUAUGCCCUUUUGCCUGAAUUAGUCAUGCAACUAACUGAAAAGCAAUAUCACUCAAGUUAGCCUCUGUCAAGCCCUAGAGCAUGUUCCUGCAGUUAGCAUAAGGCAGCAAAGGGACACAGUUGUUCAGUAUUGUAAAUCUAAUUAUGAAGAGACAAAGAAGGCUAAACAGACUUGUCUGUCUUUUGUUUUCCCUACACCUGGCUGAGCCCCCAUCCAUUCCUGGGGGUGCCGCAGGGUCCAUGAGACGGUAAAGCUAUCACAGAACAAAUUAUAAAUAGUUGCUGUAAGGAGGUGUAAUCAGAAAAAUCCCUGCCUUGGGCAUUCUCCUUGCUCUCUGGGAGAAGUUCCUACAAGUUUUCAUACCUUUUCUGUCAUGUUUUCCCUCUCUCUCUCUUUUCUUUCUUUUGGAGUGCCUUAAGGGAACAGGAACUUGCAGAUGUGAACUAGCAGGGGACUUGAAAAAAGGUUCAGACCUUGAAAAUGAAUUAUAAGUAAUUGAAUUGAUCAAUGCAGUGAUAAAUGGACUGCUGGCAUCUAAAAACCAUAAUAUGGAGGGGUGGGUACGUUGCAAUGAGCAGCAGUUGUGUAGGACCUGCCUUGGGAGCAAUAUGUAGAUUAGCUAGUCAGAAGGAUGACUUGGAUCAAACUCGCAUAUGAAAAAUCUUUGUUACAGAAACAAAAGUUUCAUUUAAAUUCCACAUGUGAAUAUAUGCUGAAAUAUUGCUACGAGACUGUGCAUACAUUGGAAUUGUUAAAAAAAGAACAUGCUAAGGUGUUUUGGGGGUAUUUUUGGGAGGGCAAAUGUGUGUUUUCUUUGUAAAAGCCUUUUUUAUUCAAAAUUUGAUAUCCUUUUAUAAUGCUAAACUUUGAAUUUAAUCUUUUUUUAGAUUAAAGCUUAGUAUGCUAUCAAA